ACGAAGAGUCAAAGAUUUUGUUUGGCAAACUGGACGAAGCCCAAACCUUUCGAAGCCCACUCGCCUACAAUCCCAUUAAAAUAUCAAACCGAGAGUAAACCAGACCAAACCGAAAAUCACAAACUCACAGAUCCCAAACCGAGAGUAAACCAGACUCCGAUUUUGGUCAUCACUUGAUUCGUUAUCGUUCUUCGCCGGAGCUCAGCGUUAAUACUCUGUAAUGCUCGAUCCGCGGUAACACAAGUCAGUGACCUACUCCGGCGUUCCGAUUAUGGCUAGCCUUCUUCGAUCCUUAAUCCUUUUGUUAAUUGUGCAAUCGUUUUUGUUUGCGAUCGCUUUUGGGUCGAACGAAGUUGAAGAAUUCAGCGAGGCAUUGCUCUUGAAGCCUUUGCCUGAUCGAAAGGUUUUAGCUCACUUCCAUUUCGAAAACCGAGCUCCUCCUUCAAAUUCCCAUGGCCGCCAUCACCAUCUCUUCCCGAAAGCUAUUUCUCAGUUGGUUCAGAAAUUCCGGGUCAAGGAGAUGGAGUUAUCUUUUACUCAGGGUCGUUGGAAUCAUGAACAUUGGGGAGGAUUUGACCCUCUAUCAAGUAUGAACGCAAAGCCUGUUGGGGUGGAGCUUUGGGCUGUGUUUGAUGUUCCUCAGUCUCAGGUUGAUACUUCUUGGAAGAACUUAACACACGCACUGUCAGGGCUUUUCUGUGCUUCCAUCAACUUUCUUGAAUCUUCCACUUCAUAUGCUGCUCCUACAUGGGGGUUUGGGCCAAAUUCGGAUAAGCUGAGGUAUGGUUCACUGCCACGGGAAGCUGUUUGUACUGAGAACUUGACCCCAUGGCUAAAGUUGCUUCCGUGUAGAGACAAGGAUGGCAUUUCUGCGUUAAUGAAUAGGCCAUCUGUUUACAGAGGGUUUUAUCAUUCUCAGAGAUUGCAUUUAUCCACGGUUGAGUCUGGUCAAGAGGGAUUGGCUUCUGGCAUAGUGCUGGAGCAGACUCUUACUGUUGUUCUUCAGCCUGAGACUACUUCUGUUGAAUCAAAUAUGCAGCCAAGUUGGUCCAUCAGCUCCCUCUUUGGGCGAAAAGUAGUUGGGAGAUGUGUUCUUGCAAAGUCAAGUAAUGUGUAUCUUCAAUUGGAGGGUCUUCUUGGUCACGAAUUAAAGAACGUGGAUACAGAAAUAGAAGCACACGAACUCUGGAAGAAUGCAGAGUUUGAAUUAUCUCUUAAGCCAGAGAGGGUUCUUCGAGAAAGCAGCAGCUUUCUUUUUAUCUUUGAUAUUGACAAAUCAAGUGACAGCGAGCCAUUUGAUCUUGGCCUUACUUGGAAGCUUCCCUCAAAGUGGUCAUGUCAACAAGCUCCAUUACACGCAAGUCGGUUUUUGAUGGGAAGCGGGAACGAGAGGGGUGCAAUAGCCAUCUUGUUAAAAGCGACAGAAUCUCAGGAGAAGUUAUCAGGCAGAGAUCUCACUAAUGGCCACUGUACAAUAAAAGCAAACAUUUUCCAGAUUUUCCCAUGGUAUAUUAAGGUUUAUUAUCAUAGUCUACAAAUCUUUGUUGACCAACAACAGACGACAGACAGUGAGGUCUUAAAGAAGAUCAAUGUCUCCCCAUCUACGGAUAAGGUGUCAUCUGGCAUGAUGGAGAUGAUGCUGGAACUACCAUGUGAAGUGAAAUCUGUAGCCAUAUCAAUCGAAUAUGAUAAGGGUUUUCUACAUAUAGAUGAAUAUCCUCCUGAUGCUAAUCAAGGAUUCGACAUUCCAUCGGCUCUGAUAAGCUUCCCCAAUCAUCAUGCUAGUUUAGAUUUCCAAGAAGAGCUCAGCAAAUCCCCCUUAUUAUCAAGUUUUAAGGAAAAAUCUUUAGUUCGCUCUUACACAGAAGUAUUGCUCGUACCAUUGACAACCCCAGAUUUUAGCAUGCCUUACAACGUAAUCACGAUCACAUGCACCAUCUUCGCAUUGUAUUUCGGAUCAUUGCUCAAUGUUCUACGUAGACGAAUCGGCGAAGAAGAAAGGUUUCUCAAAAGCCAAGGAAAGAAAACAGGUGGGCGGCUUAAGCAGUUAUUAUCGAGAAUCACAGCCAAGAUUAGAGGGAGACCAAAUGAAGAACAAUCAUCGUCAGAGUCGCCUGCAGCUCAAUCUUCGGUCUUGUCUAGUAAACUUAUCUUCAAAAUCAUAUUAGUUGCAGGAGCUGCUGCAGCGUGGCAAUAUUUUUCCACGGACAAGUAGACUAAACUUUGAAGAAAUACCAGUUGUACCAUAUGUAUCAACAAGAAGCAAUCAUAUCAUCGUCUCUUGUCCUCUUCAGACCAUUAUCACUUAUGAAACUGCAUUUCAACGGCGUUUUAGAACCGCUCCCUCCAAAACUAU